AUGGGUGCUCGGAAUCAGCAAAGUUUCGAGCCAGGCCAAAUGCGCGUGCAUUUUCGAGGUGACACGCACGUGCAACGAGACGAUACGCAUGUAACGGAGGAGGGUGGAGGUGUGAGUGGCGCGAAGGUCACAGUAAUUGGCGCCAGCGGUGGCAUCGGCCAGCCGAUGUCACUUCUGCUGAAGUUGAACCCGAUCAUUUCCCACCUGGCUCUGUACGACAUCACCAAGACGCUGGGUGUCGGCGCAGAUUUGUCGCACAUAUGCACGCCGGCGAUGGUGACGUCGCACAUGGGUACCAACGAAAUGGAAAAAGCCCUGGUCGGCGCGGACGUAGUCCUGCUUCCGGCCGGCGUUCCUAGAAAACCCGGAAUGACCAGAGACGACUUGUUCAACACUAACGCAUCGAUUGUGCGGGAUCUCUGCGACGCUGUCGCGCAGUACGCACCGAAAUCAAUGCUGUGCAUUAUUGCCAAUCCGGUAAAUUCAACAGUGCCGAUUGCCACUGAAGUUUUCAAGAAACGCGGCGUUCAUGACCCCCGGCGCAUCUUCGGAGUCACCACGCUAGAUCUGGUUCGUGCGCGAACGUUCAUCGCCGAAAAGAAGAGCCUUGAUGUCACAACCAUCGACUGUCCGGUAAUUGGCGGCCAUUCGGGGGUGACGAUCAUACCAGUCUUGUCCAACUGCACACCGCAAGUUGAUUUCGACGAAGCUGAAGCUCACCAACUUACGGGCAGAAUUCAGGAAGCGGGAACCGAAGUUGUCAAAGCAAAGGAUGGAGGAGUACGUCGUUGA